AUGACAGCUGCACCACCGGUGCACCACCCUGUUACGGACAGUGGCAUACCUGGUCACCUUGCUAAUCUCCCUCGUUAUCACCCUAUUGCUAUGAAUCCUAAUCCACCGCCACAUCCAUCAAUGCCCCCUCCGGAGCAGAUGGUGCAGUCACACCAUUUUCGGCAUUUUGCGCCAAUGCAUGAGCAUCACCCGCCAGCUGUACCCCCAGUACACAGUCCAGCCUCACUAGAACAUAUUGAAGCUCGACUCCGCCAUCUGGAGCAUGAGGAAAUGGCUCGUAUGGCCGCUCGCAGCCGCAUUCUGGCAAUGCGCAAGCACGAGGAUGAAGAAUUUCGAUCAAUGACAGAACGGGCCGAGGCGGAGGAAGAGGAUCUCCGAAGACAACGCAAGAAGCUGAAGAGAGAAUCCAUGGGCCUGGGGCCCAAUGCCAACGCCGACUCGCCGCCUCUCCGGCCUACACCUCCACGCCGGCUAUCAGAAACCAGCGCGGCAACAACACUGGCCUUCUUCAAGCAGCAGAGCCCUCCCGAGCCCCGCCAAACGCCUCUCCCACCUUCAUCUCAGGCGCCCCCAAUGCCACCACCACACAUCCACGCUCAACCUCACCACCACCCAGCUCCCCCACCUCCCCCACCAUCGCAACAUCCCCAUGCCCAACACCCAAUUGUCGCCCACGACUCAAUACACGGCGCCGGAUCCAUCCGCCGCAAGCAAAAAUACACCAUCAAAAAUGUAGAAGCAUGGGGCGAACGCCACGGCCGACCAGCAGCCCACGACCCCUCCGGCCGAGCUCUCUGGAAAAGGCCUUCGGAUGGAAGCCUGGUCUACCUAACAUGCCCAAUCCACGGCUGCAACAAAUCUGACUUUGUCACUCUCCACGGCUUCAUGUGCCACCUCACAAAGAAACACAAAGACCGCACGCUGGGCAGCCAGUCGCGCGCCCUAGAAGUCUGCGGCGUCGUCUACGACCCAUCCGCGCCCCUCCCACCAGUCAUGAACACGCACCGCGCCUCAACUGAAGAAAGCCCACAUUCAGCACACAUGGACCAAGAUCUAGGCGACCCGGACGAAAUGGACUCGGACUCCGACGCCGACAUCGACCGUGAACCCUCCUACCGCGUCAAAACAGAACUCCCAGAGCGGGAUCGCUAUAUGCCCGACACGGAGGGUACGCCGGUUGAUUCAAACGCUGCUACGCCCCCCAAGCCUGCCCUCCUGAAUGGUAACGGCUCAACCAAACAAUCCAUCUCCUCUAUUAUCGACCGGACGCCGGAUUCGGAGCCUAGAGAGGCUCUGGCGCAUCUGCCACCUUCUGAGGCUGCUGUGCAGGGUCCUUCGCCUACGCCGACUGAGUCUUCUGUUUCUGGUUCGUUGAAGCGCAAGUUUGAAUACUCGCAGCCUGAAAAGGAGAAUACGGAGCCUAAAGAUGGUGUCCAUGAGUAA